GAGAAAGAGAAAGGAGACGGAGACAAGAUAAAACGACAGAUCUAUCAGUUUAGUGACUACAGUGAGGAUUUAAACUGAGAAACGAAGAAAGUCUGCGAGGGGUUCAUCAAUGGAACCGGUGAUAAUCGGUGCUCUGAUUUUGGAUGUUCACGCCAAGCCUUGCACCGCACCAAUCUCAGGAACCACCGUCCCUGGCCAGGUCUUGUUUGCGCCGGGUGGUGUAGCAAGAAAUGUAGCUGAGUGCAUCUUCAAGCUUGGAAUUACACCUUUUAUGAUUGGUACUUUGGGCCUUGAUGGUCCAGCCAAUGUAUUAUUGAAGGAGUGGAAGCUCUCCAUUGAAGGAAUCUUGCGACGUGAAGACAUUAGUACUCCCAUCGUGUCCCUUGUAUAUGACAUUAAUGGAGAAGUUGCCGCUGGUGUUGCUGGUGUGGAUGCCGUUGAAAAGUUUCUGACACCUGAGUGGAUCCAGCGGUUCGAAUACAACAUAAGCUCUGCUCCUCUUCUUAUGGUAGAUGCAAAUCUUAGCACUCUUGCUUUGGAAGCAUCUUGCAAAUUGGCUGCAGAGUUCAAUGUUCCUGUAUGGUUUGAGCCCGUGUCAGUCACAAAGUCGCAGAGGAUUGCCUCAAUUGCCAAGUAUGUAACAAUAGUGUCCCCAAACCAAGACGAACUUAUAACCCUGGCAAACGCUCUCUGCGCCAAGAAAAUUUUCCACCCCUUUAGAUUAGAAGAAAAUAAUCUUUCUAUUGAAGAUAUGUUCUGCACGCUAAAGCCAGCCAUUUUGGUUCUCCUUGACAAUGAUGUUAAAGUAGUUAUCGUAACUCUUGGUUCCAAUGGAGCUCUCCUCUGCUCCAAGGGAAACCCGAAAAUGGCUCUGAACUUAAACAGAAAGUUUCCAAGAAGUGGAGAGAUCUUCAAAAGAGUACAAUCUGUAUGUUCACCAAACAGGUUUUCUGAAUUAGGAUCGAAUCGCAGCCCGAGUCUUUUUGCAAUGCAUUUCCCAACCAUCCCAGCCAAAGUCAAGAAGCUGACUGGUGCAGGUGAUUGUCUGGUAGGCGGCACAGUCGCAUCGCUAAGCCAUGGGUUAGAUCUAAUCCAGAGUUUAGCAGUUGGCAUUGCCUCAGCUAAAGCAGCGGUUGAGUCAGAUGAUAAUGUGCCUCCUGAGUUCAAGUUGGAUCUUAUUUAUGAUGAUGCAGAGUUGGUAUACAAUGGCGCUAAGAUGUUGAUGGUUCACCAGUCGAUGCUAUGAAGGAUGAUCUUGUGGAUUGUUUUUCUUUUGCUAAAACAGUUUUUGCCGUAGCAAUUGUUUAAAGUAUUGCUGGCAAAAAGAUAAUGUCCAACAAAUUCACAUUUCUUCUUGUUUGUUUUGGUUUGAUGUUGUAUGGUACUCAAUAGGACGGGUUUGCUAUUGCACCAAUAAACAUGUUGUCUGAGAGGAACCAAA